AUGGGGCUUUGCAAGUGCCCCAAGCGCAAAGUCACCAACUUGUUUUGCUACGAACAUCGUGUUAAUGUUUGCGAAUUUUGUCUGGUGGACAAUCAUCCGAAUUGUGUUGUACAAAGUUACUUGAAUUGGCUGACAGAUCAAGAUUAUGACCCGAAUUGUUCGCUUUGCCACACAACAUUGACACAGGGAGAAACCAUCCGACUGAAUUGCUUGCAUUUACUCCAUUGGAGGUGUUUUGACGACUGGGCUGCGAGCUUUCCACCAACCACCGCUCCAGCUGGCUACAGAUGUCCAUGCUGUAGUCAAGAGGUCUUCCCACCAAUAAACGAAGUCUCUCCUCUCAUCGAAAAGCUUCGAGAGCAACUGAAACAAUCGAAUUGGGCACGAAAUGCUCUCGGGCUUCCAGUUCUUCCAGAACUGAACAGACCUGUAAAAAAUAUCGCUCCAAUACCUCCUCCACCACCUCCACAAGUAAAACAUGUGUCUUAUGACGAUUCUCCUGCUCAAAAAGAGAUUCCGAUUCAUCACAAUAGAUCAGAAACUCCCGCUACUCACCUAGAAAUGGAAGACACCGCUUCAUAUUCUGUAUCCAACUCUGAUGUCACAUUUGCUAGAAAGAAGAACUUUGCAUCCGAGUCAUCCAGCGAUACUAGACCACUUCUUCGACAAGAUCGUGAUGCGGAUAAUGAGGAGAAUAAAUAUAAAAGACGUCCGACGAUUGAUUGGAUGCGUGGUUUGUGGAGAGCAAAGCAUGGAACCGGAGUGCCAGAAGAUCGUACUUCCGGACGAAAAAUGGCUAUUUUCGUAAUGUUCCUGGCGCUAUUGGCCCUUAUAACGAUUAUCACUGUUCUGAAGCGUGCUGGAUACAACGGCGAGCAUUCUUCAGACCCAAUGUUUGAUCCAAUGGCGAAUCCGAACAUCCGUGUAGCUGUUGAUGAUUCCCGCCUACCUCAUCUAUAA